AUGUCUGUUAAUUUUUCUUUAUUUUUUGGAAAUUAACCAACUGUCCUAAUUUAUACCAGAUAAUAAAAUGAAUUUCCCUAAAAAGAAGAAGUCUAAAAAGUUUGUUAAUUAUAUUUAAAAUUGUUAAUUGUUUUUAUCAAAAUAAUAAAGAAAGAAAUACCUUUUGAUUAUAAUUAAUUCCAUAGCUUAGCUAAUAAGUUGUAAAUAUAAGAAAUAAUCACAUCGAUUUGGAAUUAAUAAAUGAUUUAAAAAAUUAUCAGUCUUCAAAAAUCUUUGUUAAAAAUUUCAACAUUUUGUAAUCCAAACUCUAAAAUUCAACUGGUUGGAUCAGACUAUUUCAUUAAUACUAUUCCAAAAAUAUUUUAUUUAUUAUUAGCUUGCAUAGUUGAUAGCUCAACUAGUAAAUUAAUCAUAAUUAAAGGUUAGACAAUAAAAAAUUAACUGAAACUAUUGAAAAUACAAGGAAAAUUCAAUAUUCCAAAAUUAAAUCAUUAUACUAGAAAAAUUUAAAAUUACUUACUUUUGAUUUGCAAAGAAAUCAAACCAUAAUAAUUUUGUAUAAUUUUUAAUUAAAUUAUUUUAGGUAUUAAUCUUGAAUUUAAUGAUGAAAUUUUUUAACCAUUUACUAAUAUAAUAAUGCCUUAAUUACAUUUUAAAUAUUCAAAGAAGAAGAUUACUAAAUGA